GAGCACUGGCUGCCUGGUUGCAGCUCACUAACAAACUACUAACUUACUCUCCAAAGAAAUCCAUUGUCCACGUCCUCAGACUUUGAUGUCCUCACUAGAGUCGCCUCUGAAUGCGGCUCAUCAACACGCCGCAAAUGCCGAAGACUACAUGGCCCAAGGAUUGCUCAUUCCUGCAGCGGAAGAGCACUACAAAGCAGCCGAGGCUUUCCUCGCAUGCGUUGAGGCCUCCAGUGAAGAAAAUACGAAGCGCACCCUUCGAAUGCUUUAUAGCGAACACAAUAAGGCUGGAAAGGAGCUCCAGAGGAAGAUUGCAAAGCUGAAAGAUGAGAACAAAGAUCCUUCGUUGCCGCAGAAGCCACCCCGAGUUGCUUCAAAUCAGUCUGGUCCUGCUUCUAUGGCUCCACCUAUACAUCCUCCGUCUCCGCCUCCUGGCAAUGUUCCGAGCAACCUAUCUGACUCCCAACAGACUGUUGAUGAAUCUUUCAUGCUGCUAGCGCAGAGGAGCGAAGGUGGUGACGCGUUCAACCAUUUCUGGAAGAUCACUGAAGGAAUGCUGGAUUACCUUUCCCAACCCGUUGCAUUUGCCAUUGCACCUCUUGGACCUCCUGAAAAUAAAUGGUCUGGCCCUCGCCGUCGGGAUACCAGCUCAAGCAGCGACACUGAUAUUGAAGACACUAUCUCGCGGACACUAUCGCGCGGUGUAGGUUUGGUGAAGGCCGCCAGUUCGAAGAUGCUCGCUCGAAAUGACUCGUAUCCACUUUCAUCCGAUAGUGAUAUUGGUCACAAUACCUUGCCAUCCGAACCUGCAGCGACUGCACUCAUUGACGAUUGGGAUGACGAUGUCUUCAGUGAUGAUGAUCAUAUGGCGGAUUCUUUUUUCGUGGUCCCUUCGUCGAAAGCUGAGUCCUCAGCUUCGGCUCUUAAGAGGGAGAAUGCCGCACUCAAGGCUAAAGUCGAAGAAAUGCAAAAACAGAUGGAACUGGCGGAUCGUGCACUCAAGCAGAGAAAGGAACAUGAUCAGCAACUCCGUGAUAGUAUCAUGUUAGCUAGGAAGGAGGCUCAACGUGCAAUGACAUCUUCCAUGAUGCGACAAGGGCCGGCACCUGUUGACCUUGCUACGUUGACGAUCAACACACCGCCAGUACCCGCGGCUGUUGCAGUACUGAAUCCACAACCUGGCCGGGAUAGAGAAGCCCAACUCUUGCGCAGAGUGCGAGAGCUUGAGGAAGAGUUGCGUAUGGCAAAGAUUGACAACGAGAAACAGGUGCGUCAUUGCAAUUCUCGACUUAUGAGUCUCAGGGAUGACUGGCCCGCAGAAAGCGAUGAUCAAUAAGUUCCGAGAAAGGUGGGAACGGUUGAAGGAAACCGCGAAGCGUAAGAAGCAGGCAAGGGCGGCAGCAGAAGCUACUUCGGUUGUCAACGAUCGUAUAGAAGAGGAUCCCGAAGCUGAAGCUCAGGCGGAGCAGGAUGAUCUGCAUACUUGAGAAACAUAUGACCAGAUCCUGGGAUUUGCUGGAGUCACAUCCGAGUUCUUUCAUUCGCUGGACUGGACUAUUGUAUGACUAGUACACAACAAAUAUAUGUAAAAAAAUCUUGAAAAUGUGUUUCUUCCAUUCAUG